GGUUUUGGACCAGGACUCGGAUCAGGAUUCGGAUCAGGACUCGGAUCAGGAUUCGGAUCAGAAGUCGGAUCAGGACUCGGAUCAGGAUUCAGAUCAGAAGUCGGAUCAGGUUUUGGACCAGGACUCGGAUCAGGAUUCGGAUCAGGUUUUGGAUCAGGACUCGGAUCAGGAUUCAGAUCAGAAGUCGGAUCAGGUUUUGGACCAGGACUCGGAUCAGGAUUCGGAUCAGGUUUUGGAUCAGGACUCGGAUCAGGAUUCAGAUCAGAAGUCGGAUCAGGUUUUGGACCAGGACUCGGAUCAGGAUUCGGAUCAGGUUUUGGAUCAGGACUCGGAUCAGGAUUCAGAUCAGAAGUCGGAUCAGGUUUUGGACCAGGACUCGGAUCAGGAUUCGGAUCAGGUUUUGGAUCAGGACUCGGAUCAGGAUUCAGAUCAGAAGUCGGAUCAGGUUUUGGACCAGGACUCGGAUCAGGAUUCGGAUCAGGUUUUGGAUCAGGACUCGGAUCAGGAUUCAGAUCAGAAGUCGGAUCAGGUUUUGGACCAGGACUCGGAUCAGGAUUCGGAUCAGGUUUUGGAUCAGGACUCGGAUCAGGAUUCAGAUCAGAAGUCGGAUCAGGUUUUGGACCAGGACUCGGAUCAGGAUUCGGAUCAGGUUUUGGAUCAGGACUCGGAUCAGGAUUCAGAUCAGAAGUCGGAUCAGGUUUUGGACCAGGACUCGGAUCAGGAUUCGGAUCAGGUUUUGGAUCAGGACUCGGAUCAGGAUUCAGAUCAGAAGUCGGAUCAGGUUUUGGACCAGGACUCGGAUCAGGAUUCGGAUCAGGUUUUGGAUCAGGACUCGGAUCAGGAUUCAGAUCAGAAGUCGGAUCAGGUUUUGGACCAGGACUCGGAUCAGGUUUUGGAUCAGGAUUCAGAUCAGAAGUCAGAUCAGGAUUCAGAUCAGAACUCGGAUCAUGUUUUGGAUCAGAAGUCGGAUCAGGAUUCAGAACAGAACUCGGAUCAGGUUUUGGAUCAGAACUUGGAUGAAGACCUGGAUCAGCUGUGACAGCUGCUGGAGA